CCACGGCAGCACACCACACUUCAAAUUCUCUCCUUUCCCUCUCCAACCACUCCCAACUUUCUCUUUCUCUCUCAAGUUCUAAGCACUUGGUAGUUCUCGAAGAAGAGAAAAAGGAAAGAAAUGGCCAUUAGGAAGUUUAACAAGCUCCCUCAAACGGCUGUUUUGAAGCAAAUACUGAAGAGGUGCUCGAGCUUGGGGAGGAGUGGAGGAGAGCAAGAAGGACUGCCAGUGGACGUCCCAAAGGGGCACUUUGCGGUGUACGUGGGGGAGAACCGGAGCCGGUUCAUUGUUCCCAUCUCCUAUCUGAGGCACCCUGAGUUCCAGAGCCUCCUCCGGCGAGCCGAGGAGGAGUUCGGCUUCGACCAUGACAUGGGCCUCACCAUCCCCUGCGAGGAGGUCGUCUUCCGUUCCCUCACCUCCAUGCUACGGUGAACAGGAGAAGCGUGCUCGCUCUGUGUUCUUCUCUGCCGGCUUCUAUCUAACUUCUUGUGUUCUUUUUGCCGGCUUUUUUUUUUCUUUUUUUUUUUUUUUGGUGAUUCGGACUCAAAACCUAUGGGAUUAUCUGUGGGUUGGAUUUAUACAUCUCUGAGCGGCGUGCGGUUUGCGCCACCCUGUGAGAGCUGAUUCCCCUGUUUAUAUCCAUCUCUCUUCUCUUUGUCCAUU